AUGGUCAAAUCUGGCAUCUGCUGCUCCAACAACUACAACCGUUGUUCCAACAAUAACUGCAUCUCCCACAACUACAACCGCUGUUCCAACAAUAACUGCAGUCCACACAACUACAACUGUUGCUCCAACAACCACAACUGUUUCACCGACAACCACAACUGCUGCUCCAACAACUUCAACAGCUUCUCCAACAACUAUAACUGUAGCUCCAACAACUGCUGCUCCAACAACUACAACAGCUUCUCCAACAACUACAACUACAGCCCCAACAACUUCAAAUGCUUCAACAACAACUGCAGCUCCAACAACCACAACUUCUCCAACAACUAUAACUGUAGCUCCAACAACUGCUGCUCCAACAACUACAACAGCUUCUCCAACAACUACAACUACAGCCCCAACAACUUCAAAUGCUUCAACAACAACUGCAGCUCCAACAACCACAACUUCUCCAACAACUACAACUACAGCCCCAACAACAGCUUUUCCAACAACUACAACUACAGCCCCAACAACUUCAAAUGCUUCAACAACAACCGCAGCUCCAACAACCACAGCUGCUGCUCCAACAACUAUAACCGCUGUUCCAACAAUAACUGCAUCUCCCACAACUACAACUGCUGUUCCAACAAUAACUGCAUCUCCCACAACUACAACCGCUGUUCCAACAAUAACUGCAGCCCCCACAACUACAACUGUUGCUCCAACAACCACAACUGUUUCACCGACAACCACAACUGCUGCUCCAACAACUACAACUGCUGCUCCAACAACUUCAACAGCUUCUCCAACAACUACAACUACAGCCCCAACAACAACUGCAGCUCCAACAACUAUAACUGUUUCUCCAACUACAACUACAGCCCCAACAACUUCAAAUGCUUCAACAACAACUGCAGCUCCAACAACUACAACCGCUGUUCCAACAAUAACUGCAUCUCCCACAACUACAACCAUUGUUCCAACAAUAACUGCACCCCCCACAACUACAACUGCAGCUCCAACAACCACAACUGCUGCUCAAACAACUUCAACAGCUUCUCCAACAACUAUAACUGUUUCUCCAACCACAACUGCAGGCCCAACAACUACAACAGGUGUUCCAACAAUAACUGCAGCCACCACAACUACAACUGCAGCUCCCACAACUACAACUGCAGCUCCAACAACCACAACUGUUUCACCAACAACCACAACUGUUUCACCAACAACCACAACUGUUUCACCAACAACCACAAUUGCUGCUCCAACAAUUUCAACAGCUUCUCCAACAACUACCACUACAGCCCCAACAACUUCAAAUGCUUCAACAACAACUGCAGCUCCAACAAUCACAAGUGUUUCUCCAACAACCACAACUGCUGCUCCAACAACUACAACCGCUGUUCCAACAAUAACUGCAGCCCCCACAACUACAGCUGCAGCUCCAACAACCACAACUGCUGCUCCAAUAACUUCAACAGCUUCUCCAACAACUACAACUACAGCCCCAACAACUGCAGCUCCAACAAAUAUAACUGCAGCUCCAACAACUGUAACAGCUUCUCCAACAACUACAGCUACAGCCCCAACAGCUUCAAAUGCUCCAACAACCACAACUGUUUCUCCAACAACCACAACUGUUUCUCCAACAACUACAACUGCUGUUCCAACAAUAACUGCAGCUCCCACAACUACAAUUGCAGCUCCAACAACUAUAACUGCUGCUCCAACAACUACAAUUGCAGCUCCAACAACUAUAACUGCAGCUCCCACAACUACAAUUGCAGCUCCCACAACUACAACUGCAGCCCCAACAACUACAACUACAGCCCCAACAACUUCAAAUGCUUCAACAACUGCAGCUCCAACAACCACAAGUGUUUCUCCAAAAACCACAACUGCUGCUUCAACAACUACAACUGCUGUUCCAACAAUAACUGCAGCCACCACAACUACAACAGCUUCUCCAACAACUACAGCUACAGCCCCAACAGCUUCAAAUGCUCCAACAACCACAAGUGUUUCUCCAACAACCACAACUGUUUCUCCAACAACUACAACCGCUGUUCCAACAAUAACUGCAGCCACCACAACUACAACUGCAGCUACCACAACUACAACUGCAGCUCCAGCAACCACAACUGCUGCUCCAUCAACUACAACUGCUGCUCUAACAACUACAACAGCUUCUCCAACAACUACAACUACAGCCACAGCAAUAACUGCAGCUCCCACAACUACAACUGUUUCACCAACAACCACAACUGCUGCUCCAUCAACUACAACUGCUGCUCUAACAACUACAACCGCUGUUCCAACAAUAACUGCAUCACCCACAACUACAACUGCAGCUCCAACAACCACAACUGUUUCACCAACAACUACAACUGCUGCUCUAACAACUACAACCGCUGUUCCAACAAUAACUGCAUCACCCACAACUACAACUGCAGCUCCAACAACCACAACUGUUUCACCAACAACUACAACUGCUGCUCUAACAACUACAACCGCUGUUCCAAUAAUAACUGCAGCCCCCACAACUACAACUGCAGCUCCCACAACUACAACUGCAGCUCCCACAACUACAACUGCAGCUCCCACAACUACAACUGCAGCUCCCACAACUACAACUGCAGCUCCCACAACUACAACUACAGCCCCCACAACUACAACUACAGCCCCCACAACUACAACUACAACCCCUAUAACUACAACUUCAAAUGCUUCAACAACAACUGCAGCCCCCGCAACUACAACUGCAGCUCCCACAACUACAACUGCAGCUCCCACAACUACAACUGCAGCUCCCACAACUACAACUGCAGCUCCCACAACUACAACUGCAGCUCCCACAACUACAACUACAGCCCCCACAACUACAACUACAGCCCCCACAACUACAACUACAACCCCUAUAACUACAACUUCAAAUGCUUCAACAACAACUGCAGCCCCCGCAACUACAACUGCAGCUCCCACAACUACAACUGCAGCUCCCACAACUACAACUGCAGCUCCCACAACUACAACUGCAGCUCCCACAACUACAACUGCAGCUCCCACAACUACAACUACAGCCCCCACAACUACAACUACAACCCCUAUAACUACAACUUCAAAUGCUUCAACAACAACUGCAGCUCCCACAACUACAACUGCAGCUCCCACAACUACAACUGCAGCUCCCACAACUACAACUGCAGCUCCCACAACUACAACUGCAGCUCCCACAACUACAACUGCAGCUCCCACAACUACAACUGCAGCUCCCACAACUACAACUGCAGCUCCCACAACUACAACUACAGCCCCCACAACUACAACUACAACCCCUAUAACUACAACUUCAAAUGCUUCAACAACAACUGCAGCUCCCACAACUACAACUGCAGCUCCCACAACUACAACUGCAGCUCCCACAACUACAACUGCAGCUCCCACAACUACAACUGCAGCUCCCACAACUACAACUGCAGCCCCCACAACUACAACUACAACCCCUAUAACUACAACUUCAAAUGCUUCAACAACAACUGCAGCCCCCACAACUACAACUGCAGCUCCCACAACUACAACUGCAGCUCCCACAACUACAACUGCAGCUCCCACAACUACAACUGCAGCUCCCACAACUACAACUACAGCCCCCACAACUACAACUACAACCCCUAUAACUACAACUUCAAAUGCUUCAACAACUGCAGCUCCCACAACUACAACUGCAGCUCCCACAACUACAACUACAGCCCCCACAACUACAACUACAACCCCUAUAACUACAACUUCAAAUGCUUCAACAACAACUGCUGCUCCCACAACUACAACCAUUGUUCCAACAACUAGAAUUGCUUCUCCACCAACUGCAGCCCCAACACCUACUGAUCACGGCUUGGAGCAUCUCAUACAUCUAGAUAUGAGGUUAAGAACGUAUGGAGAGGUCAGCAAUGGAACCCUAAUUGAGCUCAUUAAACAGGUUUUCAGAGACCGACUUCUUAAUGGAACAGCCCACACAGUGACUGUGCAAAGCAU